AUGCAAGGGUCCAGCCGCGAAGGGCCGCGUGGCCUGUGCUGCUCUUGCGGCCAGGGGAGCAGGAAGACGGGACAGGCGUCCCUGACUGGCGACCGGGAAGGACACGCACGAGCCCGCUACCCUCCCCGGCGCCGUGGCGCCGGGAGGACUUCUGCUCGGGGGUCUCGGUCCGCUCCAGGCACGGCCACCACACCAGGACCUCCGGGGAGCAUGGCCAAGCCUCGCAGGCGGGGGUCCGGUCUGCUCCGUCCUCCCAAGCCCAACACUUCUGCUUUCGAAGCGGCCCGCGGACACCCCAGGACCGGCCCCCCGCCCGGUCCACGGCUGCCGCCCAUAGCUGCGCGUGGCGACGCUGACCGCAGGGCGAGUGUGGCCCGCCCCCGCCCCUCCGGGGGAGGCGCUGCCCGCGUGCUCGGGGAGCCCCCUCUCUGUCCCCCGCUGCCUCUAGCGGGGCCUGGCCCGUAA